AUGUCUGUUGUUGUAGUUGCUGGAGGUCUGGGUGACAUGGGUAGGCUCAUCACCGACGCGCUUCGUGAAACCGGAAACUCGGAGCAGGCCGUGGUCAAUCUCUUAGAGCAGUACAAAACACACACAGUCAUCUGUACUUUUGCCCUGGAUUUCCAAGCCGCGAGCGAUUCACAAUUGACGCUGAUCCGCGCGGCGGAGAGAGCAUCUUCCGUCAAGAGGUUCAUCCCAUCCGAAUUCAACGUUGACUACGACCAAGGGGAUGAUGUGCUUCCCUACCCGGACAAGCGCUACCAUGUCGUGGCGAGGCGCGAAUUGGAAAAGACGAGCCUUGAAUACACGUACAUCUACCCUGGGAUGUUUAUGGACUAUUUCGGGAUGCCCAACAUCCCCACGCAUCUGCGGGAGUUGUGUUUAUUUGUCGAUCCAACAAACGGGGUCGCGCUGAUCCCUGGCGACGGAGAAACGCCAAUGGCCGUCUCCUAUACUAAAGACGUUGCCCGAUACACCGCUCUGGCCCUCGAACUGGAGAACUGGCCUUUGACCAUGACGACGGCGUCGGACACGAUCACUAUCAAAGAGUUGGUGUCGCUGGUUGAGAAAAAUUUGGGACGCCCCUUGAAGGUUUCUCACCAGCCCAUCGCGACACUUUUGGAGCAUCGAGACAACACUAUGCUGCCACGCAACGUGCCUAUUGCUGAGCAUUUCCCAGAAGGCGUGGCUCAGCUUAGUGCACUCCUUGCCGACUUGGGCGCUUCCGUGGCUCUCGGAGCAUAUGACUUUUCGCGCCUCCCAACCACCUUGAUCUCGUUCAACAUUUCAAGUCAAAAACUACUCCGAUGA